GAGCCCUGCCCAAACGCCUUGGGAGCUCUUCCUGAGCAGCACCUGAGGGCACAUGGCCAACUUCUGCCCACAGGCUGCACCAGUGCCAAGGGACACAGGUACGCGAUGGCAGUCAGGUUCCUCAACAGGAGUAUGAAGCAACCCCAGGAAGGGCAGCAGCUGGAGCUGGAGUGCGUGAAUUACAACAGUGACAAUGGGGUCUUUUGGAUCCGCCUCGAUAAGGAUGAGAACCUUCACUUCAUUGUCUACAUUUCCAAGUUUUCCUCAACCGCUUUCCCAGGGAACAAGGGAGCAUCUUCACAAUUUGAGGGGUCAAAACAAGGCAGCUCCUAUCGGCUGGUGGUGAAGAACUUCAGUGCACGGGACCAGGGGAUCUAUUUCUGCAUUGCCAACAGCAACCAGGUGCUGCACUUGAGCUCUGGACAACGUGCCUUCUUCCCAGUCCCAACAACAACAGCAGCACCCACCACAAUCAGAGCAAUCACACUCACUGCCACCACCCAGAGCAGCCAGGUCACCACGAAGAACAUCUCCAGGCACAGCCCGGAUCCAGGAAGAAGCAAGGAGAACAUGCCCAAUUUCUACUGUAAAUCAGUCAUGUGGGUUAACCUGGCUUGUGCCUGCCUCCUGCUCCUCACUGCCAUAACCAUCACCAUCACGCACUGCCAAAGACCAAGCUCACCGUAAGCAAGCAGUGCUGCGUCGCUGCGCAGCAGAAGGCACACAGGCGUCCUCAACAAGCACCGCACGGAGCCCAUCAGCAACACACACAGCUGCCCUGAUGCAGCGCGGGCAUUUGGCUGCUACUGCUCUGCUGCCCACCAGCACUGCACACCUCCCGCGGCCUGACAUGUGCUCCUGCCCCACACUGCUGGGACACACCCAGACCGCGGGGGACAGCGCUGACCCUAAGAAGCCGGGCAGCUCCGUGCUGCUGUGGAAAAGUGCUGUGUGCUGUGCUGGACAGCUGAGCCUUCCACAAGAUGACCAAUAAACCAAUCAUAUAC